AUGGCCACCAUCAACGGCCACUCCAACCAGCCCGGCCCGGCAUACGGCUCGCUGUACGAGGCAUGUGUCGCCAUGAGGGAGAAGGUUGAUGCGUUCCUCGCUGAGGAGCCCGAGACGCCGCUGCUGCGAAGGGCGCAGGAGCAGGUGCGCAUCUCGGUGCGCGUGGUGGAGGAGGCGCUGGAGAGGUAUCGGCCGGGCGAGAUAUCCAUAUCUUACAAUGGCGGCAAAGACUGCCUCGUGAUGCUCAUCGUCCUCCUCGCCUGCUAUGCGCGACGAUACUCACCCCCCAAGUCUGCCCUGGGCGCCGCCGUGCCCAACGGACCGACCAAGCUGGCGCCUUUCCCCGAGAAGCUGCACGCCGUCUAUAUUGUUUCCGCGGAUCCCUUUGCAGAGGUGGACGAGUUUGUGGAGUCAAGCAGCGCAGAUUACCACUUGGACAUUGCCCGCUUUAUGUUGCCGAUGAAGAAGGGGCUGGAGGUGUUCAAGGCGGAGAACCCUAGCAUACGGGCGAUUUUCGUGGGGACUCGGCGGACGGAUCCGCAUGGCGAGAAGUUGAAGCAUUUUGACCCGACGGACGCGGGAUGGCCUGACUUUAUGCGGAUACAUCCCGUGAUUGAUUGGCAUUACACGGAGAUUUGGGCUUUUACUCGACAUUUGGAUGUUCCAUACUGCCCCCUAUAUGAUCAGGGAUACACGAGUCUGGGCGGAAGAGGUGAUACCCUGCCGAACCCUCGAUUGAAGAAACAGGGCAACGGCCAAGAAUUCCGACCUGCAUACGAAUUAAUAGACGACGACGAGGAGAGACUUGGCCGGGCCAAGUAA